AGUACUUUGCCCUCUGAAGAAGUGCUGUAUAAUGUCAAUUUAUUAAAAUCUAGUUUAUAACAGGACAUUUAGUACAUUUUUAAGUAUGCAUUCGCACGUACUUCAAAAUAAGAGCGAGGAAAAAUUGACUGUGGAAGAAAAAUGGAACAUAUACGAGAAGCAACACCAUGGACACGAAUCGAUGCAUGCCAAAAUGUUACUGGUUUUAUUAGUAACUGUACUAGUAGUACAAGUUAUAAUAGUUGAAUGGAAAAAAAUACAUUACAAAUCGUAUCAGCUCAUUACCUUAGUUGCUAUGUGGAUUAUUCCAUUUGGAUUAAGUUUAAAAAAUCACUGGUGGAGGUUUAUAUUCCUUUGGUUAGUAACAUCUUGUAUAACAGGAUUAGUAGUACGAAAGGCUGUUCAAAAGCCUAUAGCAGGUACAACACCCAGAUUGGUGUACAAAUGGUUUCUUUUUAUUUAUAAACUAAGUUAUGUGUUGGGUAUUAUAAGUUAUAUUAUAUUAUUAGCUACAUUUUUUGGUUUAAAUCUUGUAUUUGAAGUGAAACCUCAAGUAUGGAUAGAUUGUGGUAUGCUCUUGCUAUUUUAUGGUCUUUAUUUUGGAGUGUUAGGAAGAGAUGUAGCAGAAAUAUGCGCAGAUAAGAUGGCUUCGCAUGUUGGGUAUUAUGUACCAGGACAUAUGCCAACAAGGACUUUAGAACCUGGUGUGUGUGCUGUAUGUGGAAAUAGACUGUUAGUGUCAGAGAAUGAACCUGGCGUUCUUGAAGACACAUAUAAGCUUAGUUGUGAACAUGUGUUUCACGAAUUUUGUAUUAGAGGAUGGUGCAUAGUCGGAAAAAAACAAACAUGUCCAUAUUGCAAAGAAAAAGUUGAUCUCAAGAAAAUGUUUUGCAAUCCAUGGGAACGACCUCAUGUCUUGUAUGGUCAGCUAUUAGACUGGAUUAGGUGGUCAAUCGCUUGGCAACCAUUAAUUUUGUUUCUUGUUCAAGGUAUCAAUUGGGGCCUAGGCCUCGAGUAAGUAACAUUACAUAGGGUAUUUGAAUUGCACUUUACAUCACCAUUGUGUUUCCAUACAAUUGAUAACUUAUUUAUGUAAACAAACAAUCUGUUUGUAGUUUUUUUACACAGCAGUUGCUAUUAUAUUUGUUAUUUAUAACAAUGAAUUUUGUUAGAAAUAUUCAAUUUCAAUCCAAUUCGUGGUUAAAAUUUUAAUCAAAUGCAACGUUAAUGUUGCACUAUGUUAAAACAUGUAUAAAUAACUGAUUUUAUACGAUCAGAAUAAUAUGACGACUUACGAAGUGCUAUUCCUUUUGCACCUUCAUAAAUUCGAUUUAUGUAAUGUUUAAUAAUAACUCUUCCAAAGAAACCUUUUUUUUACUAUACGUAUGAAAAUGUUUAUAAAAAGAAAUAAGUUUCUCAAACGACUAUGUGAUAUUGACUAUAAAUGUGUUCUAAUUUAAAUGCGCAUUUUUAAAUUCAUGUGUGAAUACGAAUCGCGAUUAUCCGAAUUAGCUGAAAUUUAAAAUAAGAUAGAGAAAAAGCAGUAUUAACAGUAGCAGGAGAAACAUUAAGAAUACUUUGAUUUGUACUUUGAUAUUUAUAUAGAUGAAACUUCAGAGUCAUGAAAACAAAGUUUAAUUCGGAUAAUUUGUGUUGGAAUAUUUUAAUGUAUUAUACAUGUAAAAAUAUCUUAAAUUGAUUCGAGAAUGAUAGGAGUUUAGUGUAUUUACCAUUUCUUUUAUCAUUCCACUUCCUUAUUAAAGCUAGUCGAAUUAAGUUUGGGGUUCACUGGUCUGAACACAUUAAUAAUAAGAAUUUACUGAUCUUCAUGCUCACCGCAAUUAAUAAAAUAAUCUCUAAGAAUUAAUUUGAUUACUGUAAUCAGAUAAGCUUAUAUAGAGAAAUAUUUUGUUUAAAAUAAUCUUCGCCGAGGUAAAUUUUUCUUACAUGUAGAAGAAAGUGGUACCUUACAUACCUUAUAUUUAGUUCCAUUCCAGAAGAACGAUUUUAAACAGUAAAAUAUGUUCGAAAAUAAUACUGCAGCAGCUCAUCGUUAUUUUAGGUGCGUUGAACUUAUUCUAAUAGCAAAGCUUUAUAAAACAUUAGGGUGUACUGUCGCUAUGUGACAGCAAAAUUUGUAUAAAAGAAAACCGUGUAUGAAUAUUCUGCUACUGUAAAAUAAUGUACAAACGGAUUUGAAGGUUCGAUCGUGUAACGAUCAAAUGUUCAUAUCUCACAUUGUUUCGUAAUUUCUUUUAUAAACAAAACAGAAGAUUGCCGAGAAACAUUGUAAAUAUUUCUAAUGAAACUGUAAAAUCCAAAACCUGAGAAACAUUGUUCCGUAAUAAAUGAUGUACAAAAAGAUACCAACUUCAUGUAAAAUUUAUUUCUCAUCAAUAAAGUUUAUAAAACAGUCUAUCGUUAGGAA